CGGCGCGCUCCGUGUUUGGUGGGCACGCUGCUAUUUUCACGGGGCUCCGCGUCCGACAGUCGGCACGGGGGGUAGAGAGAUACGCGAGAAUAUUUGUUCCUCAGCCGUGUGACUAAUCCAACCGAGCAGGUAGUUUUCUAUGCUCACAAGAAAACAUGCCAUUAGUAAAGAGGAACAUUGAACCCAGGCACCUCUGUCAUGGUGCUUUGCCUGAAGGAAUUAGCAAUGAACUGGAAUGUGUCACAAACAAUACACUAGCGGCUAUCAUUCGUCAGCUCAGCAGUCUCAGCAAACAUGCGGAAGAUAUAUUUGGUGAACUGUUUAAUGAAGCCAAUAACUUCCAUAUUCGAGCAAACUCUCUUCAAGAUAGAAUUGAUCGUUUGGCUGUCAAAGUUACACAGCUGGACUCAACAGUGGAGGAAGUUUCCUUGCAGGAUAUUAACAUGAGGAAAGCUUUCAAGAGCUCUACAAUGCAAGACCAACAAGUUGUUUCAAAGGGUUCAACUCCAAACCCGGUGUUGGAAAUGUAUAAUAAGAGUGAUAAGCCACCGCCACUGAACAUUCUGUCACAGUACAGAGAUGACAAAAAGGAUGGGCUUAAAUUUUAUACGGAUCCAUCUUAUUUCUUUGACUUAUGGAAAGAGAAGAUGCUACAGGAUACUGAAGAUAAGAGGAAAGAGAAAAGAAGACAGAAGGAGCAGAAACGUGUAGAUGGCACAACCCGUGAGGUGAAAAAAGUUAGAAAAGCCAAGAACAGGCGACAGGAGUGGAAUAUGAUGGCGUAUGACAAAGAACUUAGACCUGACAACAGGUUAUCUCAAAAUCUGUGCCAUGGAAUAUCUUCAGAGGGAUCAGUUUCCCCAAGCAAUAGAUCCCAUGGAUCAGAUCUCACUGAUUAUUCAUACCCUGCUACCCCAAGCCAUCAUUCACAGCAGCAACAAAUGCCAGCUUCGCACUUGCCAAAUGCUAACCAACAACAAAUGGUGACUGGGAAUCAAGUUCAGGAACAUGAUUGCAAAUCCUCUGCGCCAGGGUUUAGACAUGCUACUUUGAAUAGACCUCAACAACCCCCACCACCUCCACCACCAACUACUCUAAAUGAUGCCCGUCCACCACCACAACAACCAGUAGACCACAGUGUGCCACCUCCUCCUCAGAUGAUGGAAUAUUACAAUUCAACAGGCCCUGCUGCACUUCCCCCUGACCCAGUCAUUCCAUCAGCACAAACAGCCUUUGUCAGUCCACUCCAAGUGCCUACUCCUCCAGCUUCCCAUCCUGGGUCAGUGGUAGGAGUUGCGCCCCCAAUGCCACCUGGGGCAGCCUCUCCACUUGGACCUCCUGUACCUCCUCCACCUCCUCCUCCUGCUCUGCCUGCACCACCUUCCUCCCUUGCAUCCUCUCCAAUGCACUCUCAACUUGUAGUUGAAAACAAACGGCUUGAACCAACAAGUACUCCCCUCAAUGAUGCCAGAAGUGAUCUCCUUGCUGCUAUUCGUGUGGGAAUUCAACUGAAGAAAGUUCAAGAGCAACGUGAGCAAGAAGCUAAGCGAGAACCAGUUGGGAAUGAUGUGGCAACUAUUCUGUCAAGACGUAUUGCUGUGGAAUAUAGUGAUUCAGAUGACGAUUCAGAGUUUGAUGAGAAUGAUUGGUCUGACUAACAUGAGUGCUGCAAUUGUUUUAUUAACUAUCACUUCAUAAAUUAUUAUGAAAAGUAAUAGAGAUCAAAUCUGAAACUAUAUAGUUAUUUAAAUUGAUUUUGAAUGAGGUGAGAAAGAAUGCUGGGAUGUUGUGAUUGUUUCUCUAGCUAGUGAACCAGAAUUAUUCAUAAUUUGAAUUAUUUAAACGCACCACCCAGGAGUGUGAUCCAUGACUUCUUUUGUUUAGAUUGUAGAAGUACAAUUGUUGAUUUACAAUGAACACAUUUUGUAGGAACAAAUUAAGAAACUUGGAAUCAAAUACCAAUUAGUAUGUCCAUUUAUUAUCAACGUCAGUGUUAUUAAAAAUGCUUCAUUGAUGUAUUAAUGAAACAUAGAAAUGGAGCAUUAUAUUUUUGAUUUUCGACAAGUGAAACUUAGCCCCAGUGUCCUGGCAAAUAUUUGCCACCUAAGUUACUGAAUCCAGCAGUUAUUGUUUCCAUAAACAACAACAGGUUACUAUCAUGUUACUAUUUAUGAAAACGAUAUAUACAUUAACUGCUGGAUUCUUUUUGGUACAAUAGUGGUUUCACUUGUAAGCAAAUCCUGGGCAACAGACAACAUUCAGUUUUCUUUAAGAGGGAUGUGAAUAGUGUUAUGUAUCUAAAUCCAAGCCUGCCACUGAAGUAGCUUCACGGAUUAAGAAUGAAUGGAUCGUUGGGCAAAAUGAAUCCGUUUAGCACAGAAAUUGGAAUACUGACACAGUAAUAUGGAUUCAAUAACUUUUCAACAGUGCUAUCAACCUGAACUUGCAGGACCCCACAUAUUCCCCUUCACAAAGUCACUAGUUGGGCUAGCUAAACUAAAGUUAAAUUUUCAUUAAACUUAAAGAAAUAUUUACCAGUAUAAUAUAAACUUUGAGAAUAACAACUGCAAAAUAGCUCGGUACAAUAUUAUUUUGCAGUUAAGAUUUGCAACUCUUUCAUUCUCAAUCUACAAAUUUUAUUUUGAUAUUUUAAUGAUUACCUCUAAUUACCAUGUUAAAUUGAAACAAAUUAUAAUAUUGCAUUGAAAUGUUAUACUGUUCUACUGAUGUAUAAUAUUUAUGAGGUAGACGUCAGAUAUAGCCAAUAGUGAAAGCUUUAUUUUAAUUCCUGUAUGCAAUGUCAUCGAUCUUGUAUGUAAUUCAAAUGAAUACCAUUUCUUUGGAAUUACUGUUCUUGUUUCAUAUAUUUGCAGUAUUAACAAUUUUAAAGAACAACAUAUCAAAACCACUUUGUAAACAUAAGUUAUGCUUGAUUUGUUUCAUACUGAAUUUUAAUUUACAUUUUAUUUUCUAAUCUUAUAGAUGUGUAAAAUUACAAUGGCUGAAAUUAUGAAAUUGAAGUCAAAUAAACUAAACAGCAAAAUAAAAUAUGUUG